UGACCCCUGAACACGUCUCUCGAGAGAAUCCGCUGAAAUAAAAAAAAUGACGUCACGCGUUCUCGAUCGCCGGUGACCGGGCUCGCAGAUCACUGCACGUGGAACAAUAUGUACGGCAUGCAUUGCGUAAUCAGUCACGGCAUCAUUCCCCUCACUUUGUAAACAACCUCAUCUCGACCUCCCAUUUCCUGGAAUUCGGGUUUCUCAUCCUUUUUGUCGACCUACUUCGCUACUUCUUUCCAUCUCCGUUACCAGUAGUGGCUAGAGACACCCAUCAACCGAACUAUCCGACAUUCAGAUUCCUCAUGGCUUCUCCCACUGGUAACGUCAUCUCGGAGGAAGACUACCUCAUCUUCCCUACCCACCCCAAAUUCUCGUUCGAACCCGCCGAGAAACCGGUAGAAUUCGAUCGAUGGGUUUGUUCCGGUAUCUGGGUGCCCAUCGAGGGAGAGGGAGCCGAGGCCAAGCCCGAACUCGACGCUUUCGACACCCCCACGGUGGACCUCUUGCCUGUCCACCAGGCCCUGACCGAGGGAGCUGUCCCUAUCCUCCCUCGAGCCGAUGCUUGGAAGAUCUCGAGGGAAGACGGCUGGGUCGAACCUUUGGGGACUAGGAAGGGAGUCUGGACCAGCGAGAACAAUCCGUUCAAGCGAACCCUGAACGCCUUCAACCAGUUUCUCAAAUCCCGCGAGACGGCCAUCUUCACCCAACACCUCGUUUUCAUUCAGAAUUUCCGUGACCACACGGGUCUCUUCAAGCCCACGCACCCAGUCCCUCACCUCCCCAGUGGGUUCGAAGCCUGGGGCGAAGCGAGGAACAAAAAGCGAAUCAGCGAAUGGGAAGAGGAUUGCUGGUUCGUCAGGGAUAUGGAAGGGUGUCUGAAGGCGUUUUGGGAAGGGCCGAUGAGUAGACCUGGAGGAGAUCGAUUGCGUGUUACGGUCUAUGACAUGUUCGAGAUCGUUCGGUCGUUUUUGCUCUACAUGAAACACUACGACGUUUACCCGGCGGCCGAAGAGCCUUACCUCGCCUAUGAACUUGAAAAAUGCUGCAAUCUCUCCCGCGAGGUUCAAGACAAGAUGUAUGUCACGUCGAUCUUGUACGGCUCGAUCUGGGCGAGAGCCGAUGGGUGGUCUGGGCUGGGCAAGACGAUCUGGGCUCCCGAGAUUGAUGACGAGUUGGAUGAAGAUGAAGCGAGAAAGGUUGUCGAUUAUUCGGCCAUCGUGGUGGAUGAAGAGGCGGUUCUGGAAGGCAUGGACGAGGUGAUCGUCCAGGACGUCAAAGAGGGUGGGGGCGGGGAUGGAGACGUCAUCAACAGGGAUGAAGAAGCGGAAAAACGAGACGCCGGUGGAAGAUCCGAAGAGGAACAUCGCGAAACGUUGGAAGCGUGGAACCAGGCUAGCGCACUGGAGACUGCGCCGUUCGCCUCGUUGCCUCGAGAGACAGCCUUGAACACCUUGCAAGAGAUGACCGGCCGCCAGGUGGAUCCGAGCGAUUAUGUCGUGAUUGCCAAACGUUCGGGUAUCUUUCCGAUCGUUUCGUUCACGCAUGCGACGUCGUCCUCGGCGGACUCGGUAGUGCAGUCGGACUCGCCCGAGAUCCGGGUCGGACUAUCUCGCCUCGCGGUCGAUAAGCGACCGGAAGGUUUCGCUCGACUCGAUCUCGUCGACGUCGAUGUCGAUGGCGGACAAGAAGGGUCGUUCAAGGCGAGCGUCCUGGUCGAUAUGAGCGAGAACAAGGUGGUGGACUGGGACAGGUUGACGCAGGGUGCGAAAGGUUUGAAGAUUCGAGGAACUUUGAUCGGCGUCAAGCGCGAGGAAGGCGAGACGAUCUGGUUCUUGGCCAAGAUCAAGGGGGUCGAACCGGGUCUUUGAGAUACGAAAUCUCGGUUGACACCGCGGACUUGAUGUCUGCAUGUCUGUAAACAUGGCCUGUACCACUAGGGCAGGUGGCUGUUCCUUAUGCUCUGCGAUUAUCUACGAUACCCUGAUACACCCUGGC